AUGAAAUUGGAAUGGUCGAAUUCAUUGCUAAAAAUUCAAGUUAUGGCCCUUAUUCCUCUAUGUAUUGGCAUCUUUUUAUUAUUUAUUGCUUUAUUAACUCCCGCAUGGCAGGUAGCAGAAGAUACAGAUGCUCAUCGAUAUAUGCAAAGUGGUUUAUGGAUGUAUUGUCCCGGUGGUGUACCAUGUUGGUAUAUUUUUAGUGAUAAUCUCAUUAAUUACUACGAAAAAGUUGAUGUUUGCCGAUUUCUUUUAAUCGGUGAUUGCCGUAAAAAGCUCAUCAAAACUCCAUAUUUCUUUGGAUGGCAUUAUGCUGUUCUCACUCUACUUUUGCUUGCUUUCGCAUUUGGCCUUAUUGCCAUCGGAUUACUAACGUUUAGUAUAUUUCGAGUGAACAGAAUUCGAUUACUUACAAUUAUUUUCAUUCUUUUCAGCUUCUUAUCCUUCCUAUUUUUAUCAGUGGGAUUGGCUGUUUUCAUGAUUAAUGCCGAAAUGUUGGAAUCACGUUUUCUGAUUGGCAUCAAAAAUACAUUCAAAAAGGAAUACGGUUAUUCGUUCUACCUUGCCGGAUUAGCAUGCAUGUUUCUGAUGUUUAGCUUAUUGGCUGGCGUUAUGAUAACAAGUUAUAUAUUUUUCACAAAAAGCGGGCGCAAUUAUGUAGAAGAAGCAAAAGAAGAAGCAAAACUUAAAAAUUCUAGUCCAUCAUCGUGGCGAUCCUUCGUAGGCAUGAAGAAACCAGAGGACACAGGAAAACGUUCCAGCAGUCAAACAAGUUCAUACCCGACGAUUCCAGUUUUCCAAAAUGUCUUCGAACAACCACCGCGACCAGGUAGCAAUACAAUAUCACAGUCGGUAACACCGUUGCCGCCGGAAUAUAUGUCAACAACCAGAACAUUCCUCAGUUAUUAA